AUGGAAACAGAUAGAUAUACCACAGUGAUGAGAGUCCUCUUGAGUGUUGGGAUCCUUUUCCAAGGGUGCAAUUCAAAAUUCAAAUGCAGGAAUGACAACGGAGCUGAAGUUGACUGGUAUAUUUUGUACAAGUAUCCCAAUAUGGAUAAUCGUGGAUUGUCAUACUUGUAUAUGGAUGAGAGAACCAACGGAUGGAUACUCAGCACAGAGAACAUCAACAGUGCUUCUGGCACUCUAGCAAACACCCUGAAACCUCUUCUCGACUUCUAUGACAGAAAGAUCGAAGGCUUUGGAUACAUGCUGUACAGUGACCAGCCUCCAGAACCAUAUGUUGCUCCUUCCUCAUUUGGCCACAGUAAAGGGGUUGUGAUGUUGGACAAAAAGACUGGAGUUUGGCUUUCACACAGUACACCAAAAUUUCCAGCAUAUCGCAAGAAAGCCUUCUGGCCUAGUAGUGGAAAUGUAAAUGCUCAAACAUUUAUGUGUGUGACUUACUCCUAUGAUGAAUUCAAAGAAAUAGGACUGCAGCUCAAGUACAUCCACGCUUAUUCGUAUGACUCUGAAAUCCCACAAACCUUUCACAAUGAGCUCCGAUGCGUGGCACAGAGAGACUGCUACCCAAAAAAGGAGCCGUGGUUUAGAGUGGUGACAUUGACUUCUUCAAGCGGGCAUAACUUCCUCAGCUUUGCAAAAUACAAACGUUUUGGUGAUGAUCUUUACUCUGGUCUUGUUGCAAAAGCCAUUGGAGGGAAUCUGUAUGUCAAGAGCUGGGGAAAGAUGCGCCGCCCUCUGUCUUCUAACUGCAGUGCCAGCAUCCCUAAUCAUGUGUACAAUGUGAAAAAAGUAAAGCUUCCAAAUACUAACCCCUUCAGCGAUACUGUAGAUCACUCCAAGUGGAGCGUGACCUCAGGUGGUGACUGGACCUGCAUCGCUGAUAUGAACAGGGAGGAGAAACAGAUGGAAAGAGGUGGAGGAGCAAUAUGCACUAAUGACAGCGUAGUUGGGGCGGCUUUCUAUGAAAUGAACGCGGCUUAUGAACAAUGUUCAAAUCAUGAUGCUCGAAAUCGAGAGCUGUGAAGGCACAGCCCAAGUGUUGGGCCAAUACUGUAAAAACCUUGUGACUUUUGAUAACCACAUCAGCUUAAUUAUGUCACUUCAGUUGAUCAGUCUUGAUUAAUGCAGCUCAGGAGACUCAGGUAAGAUCAGCUCAAUUUUAUCUAAAAGAACUCUGGAGAUGGUUAUGCUUGCUGUUAUCUCCUCCAGGUUAGAUUAUUGUAAUUCAUUAUAUGCAUGUCUGAGCCAAAUUCCCACAGCUGGUGCAAAAUGCAGCAGCCAAACCUCUUACUACACAUCACUCCUCUUUUAGCUUCCCUUCACUGGUUGCCUGUUAAUUUGAAAAUUGAUUUAAAGAUUAUAUUGUUGACUUUGAAGGCCCACUCUGGGAACUGUACACCCCUGCACACAAAAUGAGGUUUGACCUAUGUCUGUGUUGUACUUCAUAUUGUUUUAUCAUCUUCUACCAGUUUUUCAUUUUUAAUUGUCUUUAUUUCUCUCUUUCAUCUCCUUGUGCUUUGUUUCAAAAGGUGCUAUAUAAAUAAAGUUAUUAUUAUUAUUAUUAUUAUCAAUGAGUGUGGCUGCACAACCAAAAACUUGAUUUCACUUCCACAUUUUUCUGUGUCACAUUAACUGUGUUAAAACUAUUUCGACCUCAACAUCAAGUGUGUUAUAUGUAUGUUAACCCUGUUUUGAAAACCAUGUCUGAAGCAUUAACCUCUGUACUGACUCCAAAUUAAAUGUAUUAAAGUGAAUGACUGUCCAACGCUCGCUGGGAGCUUUUGCUGCAGGUGCACAGGGCUGCAGUUCCAUGUAGUAAAGGGCCAUUCCUCCUUUUGAACACCCUGAAUCCUUCCUGUGUUUGUUGAUAUUCCAGUGGAUUGACUGGUGGAAUGUCAGGUAUAAGGGUGUUCAUGGCUUUGUUUGUCUGUGCACGUCUUUUCCAGUCUUUUUUUUUUAUUCUUUUCUUUUCAGGUCACCUUUGGCACUAGCAAACGUUUACUCAUUUCUUACGUGAAAACGCCGUUCUUAUCCUCCUUUGCGGGAGGUCUGGUCUGUGAUCUUGUGAGGAGAACUGAAAUUUACUUUAGUGUGAGUCCAGAGUGGGCCUUAAAAGUCAACAAUAAAAUGUUGCAAGCAGACACAACAAGUUUACGCCUUUCAUCUCUUCUUCUGUGGCACCAAAAUGUUGCAAAUGUAAAUUAAUUUCUCGAAUCUUUUCAUUUUCCUCGUCUUGGUGAUGUAAAGUGCAGGAGACUGUAUUUGUUAAAUCCAAAACAUCUUAUCACUUGUGUUAAGCUGAAUAACAUAUUCAACCAUGAAUUCAGAAUGUCAGAUUUGCACUUACACACAGCAGAUAUGAUUUGAUUGGUUUAGUUUUGGUUUUUCCUUUUUGGUUACAUUGCAAAAAAUUGCGCAAAUCAAUUUUAAAAAACUGGCUGUACUGCACUUUUUGAUGUUAACAGUCCAGGAAGUGGCACAGCUUCCUGUUCACGCCACCAUGUCACACAUAACAUUAAGUGUGUUAAAGCCCUACAUUAUUAUUAUAGGCUAUAUUAUUACAUACAUACAGUAUAAUCUCCGUUUUUAGGCAGCUGAUUCAAAAUAUAGGACAGAAUACUGUGUUCACUCGUUUGUACUGUGAAGUAUUAAAAAAAAUGCAAAUGCAAGAUCAAAUAUCCUGAUGUGCUGCUGAUCACUUUUGUGGUGCUGAAAUGGGUAAUACCCAUUUCUGGCUUUGUUUGGCUGUGUUUAAAAUGAUCACAGCCUCCUCCUACUCCAUCUUUCAGCGUGAAGGUGAUGGUUAGACCUUCAUCGCUGAUACAAACAGGCAAACGAGCAAACCAUCUGCACUAAACACGGUUAUGUAUGCUUUCAUUUCUAAACGCACACUGUGAACUGUGUCAACAAGUUAAACUUCUACAUGAUCUCAAAGCACUCGGGAACAACUCUUUGUCUAGACUUUUUUUUUGUGUGUAAAACACAAACAGGCUGCUGGCAGCUUUGUUAAAGAUGACUCAGUGUGCUCAUGUACAAAAAAAAAAAAAAAAUUUAAUUGCCUCAUAAAUUUAUUACAACAUUUUGUUUUUUGUUUUUGUUUUUUUUGCCAUGUUUGAGUUUUUGUACCAUACUGCUUUUCUUUUUAUUAAUCAUGUGUAAGGCAACCAGAUUCCAACAAACUAAAUGUUUGUGUAGGAAAAAGUGGGACAUGUCAACAAUACUGGGAGGUAGUCUAAAAUUUUCAUAUCUAACAUAAAAAUAAAAUAAAUUGCUCAUGUUACCCAAUUGUGAUUUUGCAUGU